AUGCUCACCACGCGCAGACUACUAGUUGGUCUUUUUGGUGUUUUCGUCGUGCUCCUGCUACGCUCAUCUAACAACAGCAACAGCAACAACCAGCUCCCAGAUAUGUCUUCCAAAUUCUCGACACCGGUAGUCAUCAUCGGGUCGGGCCUCGCAGGCCUCAGCACGGCCAACCAGCUCGUGCUCAAGCACAAGGUGCCAAUCGUCCUGCUGGAUAAGGCGUCCUCUCUGGGCGGAAAUUCGAUCAAGGCCUCCAGUGGCAUCAACGGCGCGUUCACCUCGACUCAGAAGAAGCUCGCCGUCGAAGACUCCGCUGCGGCUUUCUACCAGGACACCGUCAGUUCGGCCAAGUCUGCGGGCGUGCCCUCGCUGAUGUCCAAGCUCGCCAAAGACUCAGCGUCCGCGAUCUCGUGGCUUCAGGCUGAGUUUGGCCUCAAACUGGACCUGCUUGCCCAGCUCGGCGGUCAUUCGGCCCCCAGAACGCACAGAUCUUCAGGAAAGCUGCCACCUGGCUUUGAGAUCGUCCAGGCGCUGUCAAACUCGCUCAAGAGCCUCUCGGAAAGCGACCCUGCGCUCGUUCAAAUCCGUUUGAACAGCCAGGUCUUCGACGUUGAAAUCAUUCACAACAAGGUCCAGGCGGUCAAGUACUACGACAGCGACGGCGUCUCGCAGCGCGUUGACACCAAUAAUGUCGUUUUCUGCUCCGGCGGCUUCGGCUUCUCCAAGAAAAUGCUAAAGAAGUACGCGCCAGAGCUUGAGUCGCUGCCAACUACAAAUGGAGCCCAGACCACUGGUGACGGCCAGGAGCUGCUUGAGAACCUAGGUGGCCAACUGAUAGACAUGACCCAGGUGCAGGUCCACCCCACGGGCUUCAUCGACCCCAAUGACCGCCAAAAGGGCUGGAAGUUCCUCGCUGCGGAAGCUCUCAGAGGACUUGGGGGCAUCUUGGUCAACCCCACUACCGGCAGACGGUUCGUCAACGAACUCAGCACUAGAGAUCUCGUCACAGAGGCAAUUCAGAGCCAAUGCCCCAAGGACGACAACAGGGCCUACCUUGUCAUGAGUGAGGCCGUUUACCAAAACUACAAAAACAACAUUGAUUUCUACAUGUUCAAGAAGUUGGUGCGUAAGACCACGGUUGGCGAGUUCGCUGAGGAACUACCCAUUUCGGCUGCUGAGCUGGCUGCAGAACUAAGAGAUUACAGCAGCGCGCAGCAAGACAAGUUUGCGCGUGUUUCUAGGAUCAAUGCCUUUGGCACUGGUGCUGACGCUAGCACUGUCGUCUACGUUGGAGAAAUCACUCCAGUUGUCCACUUUACCAUGGGUGGUGCCAGGAUCAACGAAUUAGCAGAGGUUCUAAACAAGGACGGCAAGCCUGUCGCAGAGGGCCUGUAUGCAGCAGGCGAAGUUUCUGGCGGUGUCCACGGCGCAAAUAGACUUGGUGGAUCCAGUCUCUUGGAGUGCGUGGUCUUUGGGCGCACUGCUGCUGACUCCGUAGCCAAACUCUAA